GAGGAAUAGGAGAGUAUGACAUUUUUCGAGGAAAGGGUGUACAAUUCUGCCGGUUGUGGGAUGCCGCUUUACAAGUCCACCGCCAAAUUUAACUCUGGCUGUGGUUGGCCUGCAUUCUUCGAGGGUAUCCCUGGAGCCAUAAACCGAGCCCCUGAUCCUGAUGGGAGAAGAACUGAGAUUACAUGUGCAGCUUGUGGGGGGCACUUGGGUCAUGUUUUUAAUGGGGACGGGUUCUCAGUGCCGACCGACGAACAUCACUGCAUCAACAGCGUUUCGAUCCAGUUCGUUCAGGCUAAUGCAGCUCCUUCAACGUGAGGGGAA